AUGGCUGGUACUGGAAUGCACCAAUAUCAUCACCAAUGGCCGCCGGCCCAAGCCCCUCCUCCUGCUCCUUCCGCCAUCGCUCCACCGCCACCUCCGCAGCAUUCCCACCCUCCGAUGCCCUCUCCCACCGAUGAGGUUCGAACAAUCUUUAUAUCUGGGCUUCCCGAAGACGUGAAAGAGAGAGAACUACAGAACCUACUGAGAUGGUUGCCUGGUUACGAGGCUUCGCAGGUCAACUUUAAAGGCGAACAUCCCAUGGGCUUUGCCCUGUUCUCUACUCCACAAUUUGCUAUUGCUGCCAAAGAUGCCCUUCAGGACAUGGUUUUUGAUGCGGAAUCGAAGUCACUGUUGCAUACAGAAAUGGCAAAGAAGAAUCUUUUUGUGAAAAGGGGGAUAGUGGCUGAUUCGAAUGCUUAUGACCAGAGUAAACGCAUGCGAACUGGUGGUGAUUAUACCCACAGUGGGUAUUCAAGUCCAUCUCCUUUUCAUCCUCCUCCAGCUCCUGUUUGGGGACCACAUGGGUAUAUGGCUCCAGCUCCUCCACCGUAUGAUCCAUAUGGAGGUUAUCCUGUUCCUCCAGUUCAAAUGCCAGCCCCUUCUCCUGUACCAGCACCUAGCAGCUAUGUACCUAUUCAGUCCAUUUAUCUUGCUUGCUUCACCUACUCUGGGAUUUAG